UACUUAACUCAAUAAAAAAAAUUAAUCAUAAGCAAGAGAAGAGUAGGCGCGUAAAAGCCGCGAGGAAUUGAAACAUCCGCCCAGCUCAACCUGCUUGGAUUGGAGAUGGCCAGCGUUAUUCAUUUCUUCCAAAUAUGUACAUAUAUUUUGGAUAGAAAAAGAAAGAACAAAAAACUAACAAAAUCUUUCAAAGUCUACAUAGAAAUUAGGGAACAAGGGGCAGCAAAGUUUGUCUCUUUUUUCUUCUUUCUUUUCAUUUUUUCCUUGGUUGAAAAAAAGUGGAACGAGAGAGAGAGAAAAUUACAGCUUGGUAGUAUCCGUCUUUGCUGUUGUAAUGUUGGCAGAGAGACGAGAGAGGGCAGCAGCUGGUUUAAUCCAAAAAUACUCUCUCUGUCUCUCCUCACUGCUCAUAGAUUGGCAGCCGAAUUAAGCCACAUUCGCAUCAAUUACCACUCUUAAUUAUUUGAUUCUCCCCCUAAGUCUCUAUUGGAAGACGAGCAAUGAGCUUUGGUUUCUUUUGGUUUGGGUUAUUAUGUUAGGAAUUAGUUAUUAGUUAUUCUGGGUUUUUUGUUCUGUUUUCUUUUUCUUGUUCGUUAUCAAUAAUCAUCGAUCGUCGGGUCAAUCAGCUAUGGCAAUGAAUAGCGAUCCUACUAAAUCCAAGAGGCUUUAUCAAGUUUGGAAGGGGAGCAAUAGAUUCUUUUGUGGUGGGAGAUUGAUCUUUGGCCCUGACGUUGCAUCAUUGUUUCUAUCCACAUUUCUUAUUGCUGGCCCCGCCAUUGCUUUCUGCAUAAGGAUGUAUAUUAAGAUCAAACAUGAAAAUACCAAUGCUGGCCGCUGUUAUUCCAUAUUAAUUCUGGGUGCCUUACUCUCUGCACUGGAUCUGCUGUUUCUAUUCUUUACCUCUGGUAGAGAUCCUGGAAUUCUGCCCAGAAAUUCAAAACCUCCUGAAUCAGAUGAAGCUUUGGAUGUAACGACCCCAUCUAUGGAGUGGGUCAAUGGCAGAACUCCUCAUUUAAAACUUCCUCGUACUAAAGAUGUAAUAGUUAAUGGCCACACUGUGAAAGUAAAGUACUGUGACACCUGUUUGCUUUAUCGUCCUCCCCGAGCAUCUCAUUGUUCCAUAUGCAACAACUGUGUUCAAAGGUUUGAUCAUCACUGCCCAUGGGUUGGUCAAUGCAUUGGAAUACGUAACUAUCGAUUCUUCUUUAUGUUUAUAUCAACCUCAACCAUCUUGUGCUUAUAUGUCUUUGUUUGUUCUUGGAUCAAUGUGCUCGAAAAGGAAGCUGGCAAUGAUAGCAAUAUUUGGAAGGCUAUGUCGCAUGAUAUCCUAUCCAUUAUUCUCAUAGUCUACUGCUUCAUAGCUGUAUGGUUUGUUGGUGGUCUUACAGUUUUCCAUUUCUAUCUGAUUUGCACUAAUCAAACUACGUAUGAGAACUUCCGUUAUCGAUAUGAUAAAAAAGAAAACCCAUAUAACAAGGGAACAACAGGAAAUCUUGGUGAAAUGUUUUUGUCCAAGAUUCCACCUUCAUUAAAUGAUUUUCGUUCAUUUGUGGAGGAAAGUGAGCAUAUGGUUAUGGGAUCAAUGAUGCCAAACUUUAUGGAAGGUCAUAUUAGCUCAAAAGAGAAAAUUGACAUUGAGAUGGGAAAUAGGCUUGCUGAAGAUACUGGUUAUUCACUUCCUGAAAUUUUGAGAAAUUUGGAAUUUGAUGAUUUUGAGGACGAAUUGAUGAUAAAGCAGGAAGGGGAAAGAGAUAUGGAUUCAUUGUUUCUUGAAGGGCAAGAUAUGAAACCAUCAGAUGAAAUCUCCAUUCUGGGGAGUGGAACAGUUAGAACUGAGCAAAGUUCAGCUUCUAAAAAUGGAGAUGGAGAAUUUAUGGAAAGCUACAGUGCAAGAAAUGAAACAGAUACGUCAGGGAAACCAAUAAUGUAGCAAUUCUCAUCCAACAAAAUUGUCGCCACUUCAAGUAGAAGUAUAAUAUUCGUGUUCUCUCUCCUUUUAAGUUAAAAUUCUAGUGCUUUUUUUAUUUAAAACUUUGGAGGCAAACACAGACGUAAGUGAUAAUUAAACAAGUUUUUGUUAAUAACAGCUUUGCUUGGGGUUGGGUAUUUUGAAAUUGAUGUGAAGGAUCUCCUUGUCUUGUAAAAUCGCAGUGGUGUGCAGCUUUGGAGGAGUGCAAGUUGUUGAAAAUAGAGAUACAAGCUCAAAAAAAGUAAAUAUAUAUAUAUCUAUCUGUUUAUUUGGGGGUCCAAAACUCUUAUUGAUUGUUGUAAGCUGUGAAUGUCGUAUUUUGCUCGAAAUAAUGCAGAAACUCAAAAACAAAUGGUGUGAUUGCGAGUGUGAGGGUGAAAAAGAAAAAGGUCUAUAGUCUGUGUUGUAGGUUUUAUCAUUUUUUACUGUUUCUAAAAUAUGAUUGGAGAAUAGAGAUUUCUCUUUCAUCAGUUAGAACUGUAGCAUGUUUAAAACUAAUUAGAUUUUGUGGUAUGUAUUUAUUUUAUGAAUGAUUUCUUACACCUUGAUGAAGUUUUCAAAUUUAACAAAGUGAUAAUGUUUUUCCCCGAAAA